AUGCCGAGGGGGUGUAGUGGAGAAAGCACUCCAAGACGUUCAGAAAGACUAAAACGGAUGUGUCGUAUUGACUAUAACCGUAUGGAUCUCGAUGGUGUAAGGUCACUUAGAGCAGGUGUAAAAAGGGUGGAGAUAUCUGGUGACUUACGGAAGGCAAGCAAUUUUAACAACGUUGCUUUUGACGAUUCAUCAACGGAAAGCACAUGUGCAGCUGGAACUUUACAAAAGAAGAACACCAUCUGUUUGACACCGCGGUGUGCCCGGCGAAGGCAGAAUUCUCGGUUGAGUAAAUCAGCAGUCGAAAAAACUGAUUUUGAAAACGAUAGUGUCAUUGACGAUGUAGAGUCGCUUGAUCCAUGGAAGGUGCAGAUCAAACGCCGUUUACAGGGUAUUUUUCUGCAAGGAACGAAGUUGCAAAAUUUUGCUGUAACUAUGGAGAUUAACCGGGAGUUUAAAGAGGCCUAUGUUGAAGUUUUGGAUAUGGCUGGCGGUAGAGAAUAUUUUCUUUUCUGUUUGCGAUUUUUGAUAGAAUUGCUCUGCGUUAAGCCUUUCGAACAAACAGCUCGUGAAAACUGUGCAAAGGUUAUUUCUUAUGGAGCACUUCAAUUGAGCGCAGAGGGCAUGCCGGAGGUCCUUAACGUUCUUGUGGAAGUUUGCAAUAAGUUCCACGGCGCUAAAAUUCCUGUGGUUCGCACAUGUAUGUGCAUGUUCUUCCAUUUGCUUUGUGUGUUCAGUCGCAUAAUAGAUAAUGCUCACAACGACGGUAUCUCCUGCCUCUCCCUCAAACAGAAGAGUGCUUUCUAUAGAAAACUCGUUUGGCAUGAUUUGGACGCGAGUCCCACUGUUCGGUAUGAAGUUCUAAAGUGCAUGGCUUUACUGCAAGAGCAAGGUUUUUCUUUUGCCGUGCUGCAUCGUCAUGUUCGAGAUAAAAACAAGCAGUGUCGUCUUUUUGCGAUCCAAUCUGUUUCUUCUGCGAGCAGUGAAGUCAUUGAAGAUUUGAUAGAAAUAGUGGAGUUUGAAGAAGAGACGGAAAUUCAGUUAGCUGCUUUCGAAAGGUUAAAGAAUGAUGUGUCUCCUGACUCUUUGGACUGUGGGAAAAGAAUGACGAUUCUGAGAUGCGCGGCUAUGAUAGAUACAGUUUGCAAUGUGAAAUCUACCUUGAAAGAAAUAGUUGUGAAAUGGUUGUUUCCUGGUUCCAGUGUGAAGAUGUUUCCUGGGAGCUGGCAGAGUGCGCUUCCAAGGUUGCUGUUCUUGCUGGACCCUUUUGAUGACGAGAAGCUUUGUCAUGGGAUUAUGAUGUACGCUUUACAGCACUGUAAGAAAACGAUAUCAGAUUUUCCAUCUGUAUAUAUAUUCUUAACUCAGCUUUUAAAUUUGCAAGACAGUGAUUCAUUUGUUUCGCAUAAGUACGAGAGUCUGCUGAACGAAAAACUCUCCCUGCUUGAUCGCGCCUAUAAAGUUUUCUUUUGGCGUUGUCUGAUGGAUUUCUCAGUUAAAUUAUGCCGGUCUAAGGAGGAUCUAGACCUGUGCCGCAAAAAACUUUUUCCUGUUCUUCAUUCUCACUGUAUAUUUGCUCGAUCAUUUGCUUCCCUCAAGCUCUCAAAUCAUUUAGAGGAGGAUAUGAAAUUUCAAAUUUUUAUAUUUUCUCAGUUGUUGAAAAUGGUUCCAAUGAUGGACUUACGGCGGAGAGAUGAGAGGGGAAUUUGGCGAGAUUUAAUUGAAAACAUUUUGACCGACCAGCAUUUGUUUUUGAAUUAUGAUAUUGUUGAGUUCUUGGUAUUUCAACUUGUUAAAGGAUUCUUCAAAAAGGAAGACGCAAAUGAUAGUCUUUCUGCAGUAUGUGAUUUGAUGAGUUCCAUGACUCAUGGCGCUUAUUCUUCAUUACUAGUUGCUGCAAAUGAAACGAUUUCUCUCACCGGUUAUGACUGUGAGGGUGAUUCAGGAGAGCUAAAGAUUGAUGGCGACACUUUGUUGCGUUGUUUAAUGAUCACGAAAGCGACGCUAAAAACUGGCCGUUUUAAAAUUCUAAGUUCUUUGCUGAGGGGUCUACUUGAGAAUUUGGUAGAGAAAGGUAUGGUAAGAGAAGAAGCAGAAUGCCGACUGUUGGCUUUUGAAGCGAUGGGUUCUAUUGCAGCAUGUGAUGAGAGCUGCGCGUUUGAGAAGAUUCCGGUUUUAAGAGACGCAUUAUUUUUAGACAAUGGCUUAAGGGAAGUGUCACUUGUUGUUCUCACGGAAUUUUGCGAAAGUUUUGGAUUUGAGAAGGUGCAGAUGUGGUUUGACACUGCUUCUAUUCCAAGAGGUUUUAAUUUCAAAUUAGUGGAAGUCUUCUCUUUAAGCGUCUACGAUGAGGAUGAAGGUGUCGCUCUAACAGCAUGCCGCUGUUUAUGUAAACUGUUGUUGUCAGAUAAAUUAGGGACCUUGUUGGCAAGAACUGAAUUUUUGAAAGAAUUCUUAUUAUUUCUUUUUCAAACUCCCCUUCGUGGAAAUAUUAUCUGCAGACUCUGUGUUAAGUGGUUUAUUCAGAAAUUUUCUGAGCAAGAAGUUAAUCAGGAGCAAAUACUUGAGGCUUUUCAUUUGUGGUACGAUUCAGUCAAAAGCAAUGAACGCUCGGUUGGUUUGAUAAAUUGUUUUUGUAAUAUUGUCAGGUAUUUGUUCUACGUCACCGGAUUGGGUAAAAAUCAGGAAAAUACGCGAAAGUCUCGUGCACUAUUGAUCAAGUUUCUAACUGAUAUCGUUUCGGAGAAUCCCAGUGGUCCAUACGCAGAAGCGGUUUUAGAAGAAGUGAAAGUGCUGCACAGAGGUGCUUUUCCAGAUGAGCAGACAUUUAGGACGUUUUGUGAUACACUGGAUAAUUGUUUAAAGGUUUUAGUUUCUCUGAAUUAUGGUCAUUGCAGUCGAAGCUUCUUUAAUCGUGAAGAAAGACGUUUUGUUGAAAUAUUAUUUUAA